CGUCACCCCAGCGUAGGCGUCCCCGGGCGCGCGAAAUUUCCAAACCGGCGGCGCGGCGCGAGACCAGCAGCCACGGGGGCUGAGGCUAAGAAGAAACAGACAUGAUCCCUUCUGAAACCAAGAAGGACCUGAUCCUCACUGAGCAGUCUGUGGAGGAUGAGAAGCUGGAGGGGCCGGAGGAGGUGGCAGCAGCAGAGGAGGAGAGACGAAAUGUGACAGAGGAGCGAGGAGAGGAGGAGGAUUAGCCUGGGAAGGAGGUCCAGGCCCGAGACUGGCCAAGAGCAUGGAGCAUCACCAGGAGUUCAUCAUGUGUUAGAAGCUGUGUGAUAUAUAGAUCUAUAAGUUAGUGAAACAUGCAAGCACAUGCGUGGUCUGUGUCUGACUCAGCUCAUCCAGCAGUGGGAACUACUCACCAUGUUCUUCUGGACUGAAGCAGCAAAAUUGGAAGUUCAUUCUUGGGGCACCGGGUGCAAAGCUAUGACUAUCAGUCUACAUUGUCUUCCUUUGCAGCAACAUAAAAAACAACACACAUGCUGAUAAGUCUUGUGUUGAGGUGAUAGGCCACAAAACCAGACCAAAAGUGACAACCUAGUGAAAGUCAAGAUGGGCCACGCAGAGCUGAAAUCAGUUUUAUUAGCAACAAUCAAAAAUUGAACCUGGAGUAGCAGCGACGCAUAGCCAGUUAUCAAAGUCGAAACGGCAUUGCAGCAAAACAAAGAUUAUCUAAAAAGCAUCGCGACUGCAAGCAUACAGAUUAGGUUGCUGACGCCAAACAUGACAAAGCAACUAAAUUGACAUCGGAUGCCAUCGCUGUGCCAAAAACAAGCUGCAGAACUGGGCGUUGAAAGUCGUGAUCGUAUAAGACCUGCUGAUUUCUUCACAAGUGAAACCUUACUGCCUGUUCUUAGACUAUACAAUCACAAUUUUUGACAAACUGAGCACUGCAAAAAGAGGAGUCUCUGAUUCUCACGCUCAGAUGUCAGUUAUUCAGUGUUCUGAAAGAACUUCCUGUCAUAUUCGUCAAGUCCUCAGUGACGAUAGAAGCAAAGUGCCUGACAACAGUACAAUUUCACUUCUAAUGAGAAAGAUGACAAUGAGAUGAUAUGACUGGAUCCAAGGCACAUAACUAUCAGACACAACUCAGUGGAAGCAAUCAUCCAUCAUCUGUGUUUCAGAGAACACAGCAAGGCUGACCGAUAGAGACUUGAAGCUGUUCUUCUAUUCACUUUGUUGGUACUACUAGAGGCAUGCACAUAGGUAGUAAGGAAACUGCCACUGCUUGAUUCUGUACAACUACAUGCAGAAAUGCUGAAAUUGCACUGAGGAUGAUGGCUACAUAUUAUGAUUUUGGGUUUUUCAUGCAGUGAUUUCUGUAUCUGCUGAAGGAUCAUUCACAGCAAGCCACACUACAGAAGCCCGGUUUUCUUGGUACCAGAUCGAUGACAUGUCAUCUGUUCUGGUGUGCACCAGUUGUGAUGAACAACGGCAUACCAUGUCACAGAUAAUGGAAGUCUAUGGCAAAACAGCAUACAAUGCUCUGGCUCAGGGGGAGGGGAUGGCCCAAGAUAAUGCUGUCCCUAAAUUGAGCUUUCAGUAUUGGCUGGAUAAGGCUGUUGAGUGGGGUCAAACCACCACUUUGGAAUCCCAGCAAGAUGUCUGCCUUCACUUGCCUAAAUUACAGGAGUUUCUACAGCAGAUUUAUGAAUCCUUGAAACAUAUGAAUUCCACUACUGCAAUUCAGAGGUUCCCUUUAAUUGGUCAAUUACUAGGAAGACUUUGUUGGAAUCCCUUUGUUGUAGGAUAUGAUGAGAGCCAGAAAACUCUAAUGUGGUGCUUAUGUUGUCUGUACAGCAAUGAACCACAGAACCCUGUGGAAUUGAAGGCUAACAGCUGGAUACUGAGUUUGCUGUGCCAUCUCCUUUCUUCUUCUUCUGAAUGGGGAGCUAACGAAGUUGGUACUGGUACCUUUAUUUCUGCUCUUGGCUACACGUCUGCAGAUUACUAUUCUAAACUGGUUAAAAAUAUAGUCUUAUCAUUAGUGACAGAACUCAAAGGAAAUCAGUUCAAUGGACUUAACGUUCAAGGGAGAGUUUCAGAUAAUCAUGUAAAUGUAGUGUCCCUUUUCUGCGUCCCUCUUAUCACUUUGCCUGAUGUAACUCCUCUACUGGAAGCGCUCCUUACCUAUCAUGGAGGUGGAUCGCAAGAAGUUCUCAGCUCAGAGUUUUUAGAAGCUGUGAAUGAGACAUUUUUAAAGAAGAAGAUUGCCCUCUCUGAAUCAGCUAUCCUAAGCUUGUGGCUUCGUCAUCUGCCUAGCCUUGAAAAAGCAACACUGCAUCUUUUUGGAAGGUUGAUUUCCACUCAAACAAGUUCACUGGAAGAGGUAGCAUGUAUCAUAAGAGAGUCAUUACUGCCACAAGCAGCAUGCCACCCUCCCAUCUUCAGAAUUGUUGAUGAAAUUUUCAAGAAUGCACUACUGGAAACCGGUGGAUCGCCAGAAGUAAUGACCAUAAUACAGGUGUUUACACAGUGUUUUGUUCAAGCUCACCAGAAGGAUAACAAGCAGCAUAAAUUUCCUCUGAAGGCCUACUUUCCUCAUCAUCAUCAGCAUCUUGUAAUAGCCUUACUCAAACAUCCUUUUGAUUUGCCAGCUACGCUUUGGUCUCAACACCUGAAAUACAUUACUGACAUGCUUAAAGCAAUAAUAGAAGAUAAAAGCAUUAGAUCUUACACUGACCUCUUUGAGAGCUGGUUUUUGUUUGUUCAUUUUGGAGAAUGGGCUGAUAUCGCUGUAGAGCAGUUGCUGAAGUCUGAAGAUGAAUCCGCAGAUACUUUUCUGUGGCUGCUGGCAUUUUACUACAAUCCACACAGUGAUAAAGAGCAGAGGACUCAAAUUCUGGUAGAAGCUCGAGCAGUGUAUGAUCGUCUGAUGAUGCUCUUCAGCUGUACAACCCUCUCCAUCACAGAUCUGCAGGCUGCAGCUAGCACUAAAACAGAUAAAAGGCAACCUUGCACCAAACACCUUGUCAGGCAUCUUCUGAUUAGUUUUUUGCUCUUUUCUUCUGGUGGACACAAGAUUGCCCAAGAGUUUAUUUCACAUGUGAUACUGGCAAGCAAUACAACCAAUGAAGUUUUUGGCCUUCUUAUACGUACUGCCUACAGGUUUAACCAACUUGGAUUAAAAAACCAAAGGGCUGUGAAGCUGGUGAAUGAACUUCUUCAAGAACUAAGAUUUACGGAUUAGUUUUGUAUUGUUGUCCAGAUCAACCCAGAGACUAGACCAGCUGAUCAGAUUUUUUCUACGGUAAAGUGUGAAAGGGAAGUCAGUUUUUUUUAUUUAUAUUCCCCCUUCCCCAUGUAUGAAAAUAGAAAAUGUUUGGAAAUGUCAUUCUGUUAGAAUACAGCAGUAAUCUUUAAAGAUGGUUGAAAAUGUUGUUCAUAAUGUUUUAUUUUACAAGGGACUUGUGUCAUCUAAACGCUGUUUAUUCACAGCCUCGUUGCUGACAUUAUGUCCUAGUUGUGGUCUAGAUUUUCUGUAAAUUCUUAGUCCAGGAAGUGCAGCUGUUAGGGGUGGAAACAAAAGCUAUAAUAAUAGGAAGAGGCCUUUCCUUCUGUAAAAUAAUUACUGAUAAUUCAAAACUACUGUUUGAAUGUUACGAGAGAGAUAAAGUUCAGAAAAAUUA